UUUCACAAAUCAACAGUUAUAUUUAGAUGUAUUCCCUAAAAUAAAGCUAAAAAGAGAUGAGCAAAUGAGCAUGCUAUUAAGGAAAUGCGGCCAAGGCCCCUGGGGGCCUGAUGGAGGAGAGGCAUGAACAUAAAAGGGGGAGGGAAAAUGUGGUCAAAAGUUGUUUUUUUUUUUUUGUUUUUUUUUUUUUCUCCAAGUUAAAUAAGAUCCCUCAUUCAGCAGACGCACAGUAGUGAGGAACACACAGGUUUGUCCUGCACUGGAUCUCAAAAUUUCUUCAGCGUUCACUUGUUAGCAUUAAACUACACACACUUCUACUAUGGCUCCCAAAGUGCUGAGCUUCUUCACUGACUUCUUUGUCUAUGAAACAGCCAAAUCAGUCGUGGUGAAGAGCUGGACUGUUGGAAUCAUCAACCGUGUCGUCCAGCUGUUAAUUAUUUUGUAUUUCAUCUGUUGGGUGUUUAUGCAUGAAAAAGGACAUCAGCUCCGGGACACUGGGAUUGAGUCUGCAGUCAUGACCAAAGUGAAGGGCUUGGGCAAUUUCUCUAACCGUGUGAUGGACGUAGCAGACUAUGUAGUUCCAUCACAGGGUGCUUCAGUGUUCUCUGUCAUCACCAAAAUGGUCAUCACAGCCAAUCAGACGCAAGGACGGUGCCCUGAGACUGACAACAAGUUUAAAUGCAGUACUGAUGCUCAGUGCAUUGAGAAACUUGGCUCACAUUUAGGGAAUGGUAUUAUAACAGGCACAUGCUUGAACAAUAAUGUUACAAAUGGCACUACAGGAUGGUGUGAAAUUGAAGGCUGGUGCCCUGCAGAAGAUGACAAGAUUAACGUAAUGGCAAUGAAAGAAGUGGAGAACUUCACCAUCUUCAUCAAAAACAGCAUUCGCUUCCCUCAGUUCAAUGUCACUAGGGGCAAUUUCCCUUCAAGCUUAAACCAUUCUUACAUUCAGAACUGUACUAAUGACCCAGUGAACAAUCCGUUCUGUCCAGUCUUCAAAGUGGGAGAUAUCCUGAGAAGCGUCAAUCAAAGUUUGGACAGCAUUACUGAUAAUGGAGGAGAGAUUGGAAUUAACAUCAAUUGGAAGUGUAAUCUUGACUAUGAUGUGGAGAACUGCAAACCCAAGUACUUCUUCACCCGCCUGGAUGCUGCUUUUGAGCACAACACAGUCUCUAAAGGAUAUAACUUCAGGUUUGCUAAAUACUAUCAGUCCGAAGAUGGGACUGAGUAUCGAACGCUUCAUAAAGCUUUUGCUAUCCGCUUUGAAAUAAUAGUGUCUGGCAAUGCUGGAAAGUUUAACGCUGUGCCGUUUCUGAUUAAUUUGGUCACAGCUUUCACUUCAGUGGGAUUGGCUACAGUGCUCUGUGACAUCAUCCUUCUCAACUUUCAUAAAGGAGCGGACGAAUACAAAGCAAAGAAAUUUGAAGAGGUGUCAGGCAUUGUGUCACAGUCAGGGAACAAUAUACCCUACCAGGGAAGCCAGGCGUCAAUCAAAGCAUUGGAGAAGACCACAAAUGACUCAGGAACCUUUUCUAUUGGACAACAGGAGUGAGUCACGUGGUCCAACAAACCCCUGAGCCUUUUAAAUAAUUCAGCUACUUAUUUCUAGAUUCAUAAUUAUUUGUUUCUUCAAGUAAUAGUUUAAAUAUCUUAAAUAAAUAUCUUAAAUAUCUUGUUUUAA